CUUUCUGGCUUCGAAACAAUGAUGACCAAUGAUCAUGUUGUUGAUUGUUUGGAUGAAAAUCAAGUUGAAAUUUUUUUAAAAAAUAACAAUGAAUUUAGUCGUGAUUGGUUUGUAAAAAAUGCAUCAGCCGAUAUUAUUUGUCAAUGGUUUAAUAAUCGACGAAAAUCAAACACCGAUUUAUCAACAACAAAUAGUGGUGGUGAAUGGCUGAUGACCAAUUUAUCAUUACUGUCCGAACAAUUAUCCACAACAACAAAAGAAGAUCAUUCUAGUUCAAUAACAAAAGAAUUAUUUGAUGAUAUUUUACUGGAUAAAAAAUUUCAAAAAUCAUCAAAUCAAAUUGAAAAUUUAACAACGGAUGAAAAACGAAAAAAAUUUAUUGGCUUAACCGAAGAACAACUUUUAGUUGAAUUGAUUGUCGAUAUUACUAAUGAAUUGGAUGUUGAUAUUUUAUGUCAUAAAAUUCUAACAAAUGUUUCACUAUUGAUCAAUUGUGAUCGUUCAUCAUUAUUUUUAGUAAAAGGUAAUCGUAAAAAUCGUUAUUUGGUUGCAAAAUUAUUUGAUGUUACUCCUGGUGGUCAAUUGAAAGAUUCGCUGGUUUUGGACAACAGCAAUAGCCGUCCAAAAUUUCCACCAAUAUCAUUUGGAACUGGAAUCAUUGGACAUGUUGCCCAAACCAAAGAAAGUGUUAACAUUGUCAAUGCUUAUAGUGAUUCACGUUUCAAUAAAGAAAUUGAUAUUCGUACUGGUUAUCAAACAAAAUCACUGAUUUGUCAACCAAUUAUCAAUUCAAGUGGUGAUGUUAUUGGUGUUGCUGAAUGUGUUAAUAAAUUAACGAAAGAAUCAUGUUUCAAUGAAAAAGAUGAACAAAUUUUUCGAAAAUAUUUAACAUUUUGUGGAUUUUGUAUACAAAAUGCACAGCUAUUUCAGCUAUCAAUUCUUGAAUAUAAACGUUAUCAAUUAUUAUUGAAUAUUGCUAAAGUUAUAUUUGAAGAUACAACCAAUUUAGAAAUGAUGAUUAAAAAAAUUAUGGAAAAAACCAAUACAUUAUUGGAUAUUGAUAAAUGUCGAAUGUAUGUUAUGUCAAAACGAUUUUCACACAAUGGUGUUGAAAUAGCCAAAGAUAUGUUCGAAGCUAUUUAUGAAUUGGAAGGUGGUGGUAAUUCAUCUUCCGAAUUGAUCAAAAUUCAAAUCGAUAAUGAUGAUGAUGAUAAUGGUUCGGAUAUUCCAUUUCAUUAUGCAAGACAAGCAGCAAUCAAUCGAAAAACCUUGAAUUCAGAAGAAUCAACAACAUUUUUCGAAUCAAUUGUAAUCGAUAGUAAUCUAUCGAUAUUAUCGGUACCAAUAUUUAAUAAUGAACAAAAAUUAUUAGGUAUUGCACAAUUGAUUAAAACAGAUUCAAAAGUAUUUACUGAAGCUGAAACUGGUGUUAUUGAAGCAUUUUCAAUAUUCUGUGGUCUUGGUAUGCAAAGCUGUUUGAUCUAUGAAGAAGCAAUCAAAUUGAAUGCACAACAACAAAUUUCAUUGGAAAUUUUAGCCUAUCAUGCAUCGGCUAAUGAAGAGGAAGUUAUUUUAUUUAUGAAUAACAACAAAAUUCCAUCGUUAAAUGUUAAUCAUUUGGAUAGUUUUGAAUUUGAUGAUCUUGUUUUGACUGAUGACGAAACAGUUGCUGUAUUUAUAAAGAUUUUUAUUGAAUUAAAUUUUUUAAAAUUAUUCAAUAUUUCCGAUAAAGUGUUAUGUCGUUGGAUAUUGACUGUAAGAAAAAAUUAUCGUCGUGUUAUCUAUCAUAAUUGGCGUCAUGCAUUGAAUGUUGCACAAACAAUGUUUGUCAUUAUUAAGAAAUGUAAUCUGAAUGAAAUUCUUAAUGAAAAAGAUCAAUUAGCCUUGAUGAUUGCUUCAAUUUGUCAUGAUCUUGAUCAUCGUGGUUUAAAUAAUUCAUUUCAGGCAAAAACAAGCCAUCCUUUGACUAAAAUUUACAGCACUAGUUAUAUGGAAAAUCAUCAUUUCAAUUGUACAAUGUUGAUUCUUAAUUUAGAGGGCAAUAAUAUUCUUGAAAAUAUUGAAAACACUGAACGAGAAUCGAUUAUCAAAAUGAUUGAACAAUGUAUUUUAUCAACCGAUCUGGCCGAAUAUGUUGGUAAAAAUAAUAAAUUUGCACAAUUGAUUCAACGAUCCAAUGGAACUAUUGAUAUGAAUGAUUGGAAAAAUAAAGAACUUUUAUUGGCUAUGCUGAUGACAGCUUGUGAUUUAUCGGCCAUUUGUAAACCAUGGCCAAUACAGAAACGUAUUGCCAAUAUGGUUGCCGAUGAAUUCUAUUUACAAGGUGAUCUUGAAACAAGACUGAAUCUUGAUCCAUUACCAAUUAUGGAUCGUAAACAAAAAGCUAAUCUACCUCAAGGACAAGUUGGUUUUAUUGAUAAAAUCUGUAUUCCAUUAUAUAAAAUUUUAUGGGAAUUUUGGCCAAAAUUAAAACCAUUGUAUGAUGGUUGCCUGAACAAUCGAAAACAAUGGCAAGAAUUGAUAAAUGAAAAUGGAAAUUAAUUAUUUGUCCGCCACCGCCACCAUCGAUCCAUAUCCACCA